AUCCGAUAGCUUAGCCUAUCAGAAUCGAUAUCUGAUUUUGAUAUCAUAUAGGAUAGUGCUCAACCUGUCGGAUAUCAGAUUUCUGAAUAUCCGACGGAUAUUCUUCCAUUGACAGGCCUAGUUCAUUCAUUCAAGUAUGUGAGAGAAGAAGAAGUCGACACUGUAAUCCAAAAGAUAUCGAGUUCAUGUUCCUCAAUGGAAGAGGGAGAACUAGUAAUUAAUCUUAGUAAAGUACUGCUAACUCUAACAAACAACAUAGUUUCGAGGUGUGCUCUUGGUGCUAAGUAUGAAAGUUCUCAUGAAAACAAAUUUGGUGAAUUAUCAAGAGAGAUUUCAAGGUUGCUGGGAGCUUUUAGUUUUGGUGAUUACUUUCUAUCUCUUGGGUGGAUGGAUGUUGUUAUUGGAUUAUCUAGUAAGCUUAAGAAGGUAUCCCAAGAACUCGAUGCUUUCUUCAACCAAGUCAUCGACGAGCAUCUCCUUCGUCAUUCCGAAUCACAAGAAGGUCAUGGUCAAGGAAGAAACGUUGACAAACUAGAUUUGACGGAUAUUCUACUCCUUUCUCAGAAGGACAACCCAAAUAUCUCUCUCAAUAAUAUCAAAGCAAUAAUCCUGGAUAUGGUUGUGGGUGGAACUGAUACAACAGCGACAAUCAUGGAAUGGGCAAUGGCUGAGCUCAUUAAAAAUCCGAAAGUGAUGCAAAUAGCUCAAGAUGAGGUGAGAAGAGUAGUGGGAAACAAGCAUAAGUUAGAAGUGGAGGACAUUAAACAAAUGGACUAUCUGAUAUGCAUUGUCAAGGAGAGUCUACGACUACAUUCCCCUGUUCCUUUAGUCCCAAGAGAAUCAUCUAAAAGUACCCAAAUAGCAGGUUAUGAUAUCCCUCUCCGCACAAAAGUUUACAUCAAUGUGUGGGCAAUUCAUAGAGAUGUUAAACUAUGGGAUGACCCAGAACUGUUUCGCCCUGAGAGAUUUAUGAACAACUCCAUCGAUUUUGAGGGCCAAGAAUUUGAAUUCAUUCCAUUUGGGUCAGGUAGGAGAGGGUGUCCAGGAAUAUCAUUUGGCAUCACAAUUGUUGAAUACAUUCUUGCAAAUCUCUUAUACUACUUCAACUGGGAACUUCCAACCGGUGACAAAACAGAAGACCUUGACAUGACUGAAGCUUUUGGUCUUACGGUUAAUAAGAAGAUCCCUCUUAACGUUGUUCCGGAAAUAUAUGCGUUGCCUCUGCUUGACGAUAGAACAAAUGAAUAGUCACGCUUGUGAAAACGAUUUAUAUUUGCAUUUGUUAACCAUCGUAUCGAACUGGUUCCCUUUUAAUAAUAGAGAAAGUAUCGUAUGCAUGCAUCUUUGUAUUGGCGUAUCAAGACUUUAGUGGUGAAGGUAGAAUAAGAUAUGCUGCAGUGAAUGAUAACUGUCUUAAGCUUUUGUUUGUUUGAACGUGUCCUUCGCAGGUACUGUACUCUAGCUGUUAGUAAGCUAUUAAGUGUAAUUGUAACAUAAGUUAU